UGGAGCUCACUCAUGAGUUGCACCGCAGUGAGAGAAAAAAACAAUUUUCACUCAUAUAGUUGUGAACGUGGGAAUAUUGUGUUGGGGAAUUUUACCUUUUGUUGUAGCUUUUUCCACAAAGGAGAACAAGUGCAUUUCCCGCGGAAACAUGCGUGUUUGAAACUUUGACUACCUUUUAAAUGUCUUCAGUUGGACCCUUUUACUUGGAGAGCAACAUGCCGGAGCGUAUCAGCAUUUCGGACUUUGUUGCUCUGACAAACGAGGAUUUGGCAUCACCGACUACUUCGACUUUUCAAUCCAAAAUGAGUGAAUGUCGGAACACGGUUUCGGCAGUGGAAGAGUCAAUGGAGAUGGACCAGAGCACCUUACAGAGGAUGAAGAAGAUGGUCAAGGCCAUCCACAGCUCUGGAAUCAGUCACGCGGAGAACAAGGAGCAGUACAUCGACGUGCUGGAGAACCUGGGGAACAGUCACCUGACCCAGGACAACAACGAGGUGUCCACAGGGUUCCUCAACCUGGCUGUCUUCACCAGGGAGGUCACCGCACUCUUCAAGAACCUGGUCCAGAACCUGAACAACAUCAUCUCCUUCCCCCUGGAGAAUGUCCUGAAGAGUGAGCUCAGAGACAGCAGACUGGAGCUGAAGAAACAGUUGGAGAAGAGCUGGAAGGACUAUGACAUCAAAGUUGGGAAACUGGAGAAGGAGAGGAGGGAGAAGAGCCGGCAGCUGGGCCUGAUCAAGACCGAGGGAUACAACGUGACGGAGGACAUGGAGCGAGAGAGGAGGACCUUCCAGCUGCAGAUGUGUGAGUACUUGCUAAAGAUCCAGGAACUGAAGGUACGCCAGGGUCCAGACCUGCUCCAGAGUCUCAUCAAGUACUUCCAGGCCCAGCUCAAUUUCUUCCAGGACGGCCUGAAAGCUGCAGAGAACCUUUGUCCCUUUGUGGAGAAGCUGGCUGCGUCUGUCCACACGGUGCGACAGGGCCAGGACGAGGAGGUGAGGCAGCUCUCUCAGCUACGAGACUCCCUUAGGCUGCUGCUACAGGUGGAGGGGAAAGAGGAAUACCUGAACAGAAAGAACUCGGGCAACGGAUACAGCAUACACCAACCUCAAGGCAACAAGAAGUAUGGCACGGAGAAGUCAGGCUUCCUACAGAAGAGGAGUGACGGGAUUAGGAAGGUGUGGCAGAAGAGAAAGUGUGGCGUCAAGUACGGCUGUCUGACCAUCUCCCACAGCACGAUAAACCGACCACCGGCUAAGCUCAACCUUCUGACCUGUCAGGUGCGCCCCAACCCCGAGGAGAGGAGGACCUUUGACCUGGUCACACACAAUCGGACCUACCAUUUCCAAGCCGAGGACGAGCAGGAAUGCAAGAUUUGGGUGUCAGUGCUGCAGAACAGUAAGGAGGAGGCCCUGAACACGGCAUUGGGCGGCGACCAGCUGCAGUUCCAGGACUCUGGGCUGCAGGAGCUGGCCAGGGCCGUCAUCACCGAGCUCAGACGCAUGCCCGGCAACGAGGCCUGCGCCGACUGUGGAGCCCACGAUCCUACCUGGCUCUCCACUAACCUGGGCAUCCUGACAUGUAUAGAGUGUUCUGGGAUCCACAGGGAGUUGGGAGUCCAUUACUCUAGGAUCCAGUCCCUCACACUGGAUAUGCUCAGCACUUCAGAACUACUGCUGGCGGUCAGUAUAGGCAACACGCGGUUCAAUGACAUCAUGGAGGCCAAUCUUCCCAAUGAUUCCAUCAAACCUCUCCCCCAGAGUGACAUGAAUGCCAGGAAGGAGUACAUCGUGGCGAAGUAUGCCGAGCGGCGCUACGUGCUGCGCAGGGACCGGGAAAGGGAGGAGGGUGAGCCGUGGCGGGUGUACGAUGCCGUGACGAGCCGGGACCUCACCGCCCUGCUGCAACUACACGCCCAGGGAGAGGACCUGGCCAAACCGCUAGCACAGCCUGAAGGACAGGAUCUGAGAGAGACAGCUCUUCACUUGGCUGUCAGGCUGGAGGACAGGAGUUCUCUAGCCCUGGUGGACUUCCUCAUUCAGAACAGUGGCUGUCUAGAGAAGAGGACUCGAGAGGGGAACACUGCUCUACACUACAGCGCCCAGCACCACAAAACAGAGUGCCUCAAACUGCUGCUCAAAGGAAAGGCUGUCCUCCACACAGUGAAUUCAUCAGGAGAGACAGCUCUGGACAUCGCCAGGAGACUGCAGCACCCCCAGUGUGUAGAACUGCUGGAGCUGGCCCAGAGUGGGAAGUUCAACAGUCAGAUCCAUGUGGAGUACAUGUGGGAGACACAGAGCCAGGAUAUGUACGACAGCGAAGAUGAACUGGAUGAGAGGGUGAGCCUCUUACCCAGGAACCUGCGAUCCUCUCUGCCCUAUAACGGGGGCGUGGGCGCCUCGCCCUCCCGCUGGAGCUUCGCCAACGCCCCUGUGGCGUGUAAGACCUACGAGAACGUGGACUUCCUGUACCGCAACCCCCCCGCCAACAGUGCCCCAUCUGGCGCCCUCAUGCCCCCACCGCCGCUGCCCGCUAAAGCCAUCAUGAGAGGCCGCUCGGACCCCCAGAUCUCCGUGUCCACCCAGGAGGGGGGCCGCAAAUCCCCCCGGCGCUGCUGCUCCAACCCUGCCCCCCAGUCCAGCCCCCCCUCCCCAAUGUUGGAGGGUCAGACCCAGGGGGGGUGGCCACCCAGAUCACCCCACGGCCAGGGGGGUCCGGUGAGGGGACAGAGACCAACCGUAGCCUGGGAGGGUCAGGCUAAUACUGGCUCAUGGUCUGGGGCCUUAGACAGCAGCACCAAGUCCACCUCCCCUCAGAACCACAUAGGACCCGUCAGCUCAGAGAAGACGACGUCGUACAGGAGGAACAAUAGUGGAGGACAAGGGAAAUGUUGUACAGCCGUGACCUCUCCCAGCUGUGUGGCACUUGGCAGUCAGGAGGAGCUGUACUGCAGCUUCGUAACUAACGACCCCGCCCCUGGCUCCACACCUGCAGCCGCACCCACCAUCUCCCCCAUCACUGUGCCCGCCCCGCGCCCUCGCAGAAAUGCCAUGGUAUCUAAGAGCCGGCCCACACAGAAGAAGGUCAAGGCGCUGGUGGACUGCAGAGCUGUCGGCUCGGACCAGCUGGCCUUCUUCAAGGAUGAGGUCAUUGUUGUCACAGCCACCGAGGACCCCCACUGGUGGGUUGGCCACAUCGAGGGCUAUCCAUCCAGAAGUGGGACAUUCCCAGUGAACUAUGUCCAUAAACUAGGGCACUGACUAGUCAUAGCCAUGGAAUAACCUAAGCUCUACGCCCUACCCUUACGCUUAGUACGUCACUUACCUGGGAAACCAAAAGGCUGGAACGAACGCUCUUGAACCGGCUCAUUCAAAGACAAAAACACUUUCUCGCUUUCCUGGUCAUUUUUUAAAAAUAUGAUAUUCUGAACUAUGAACCACUUUGAUGUGUUGUGAUCUGAGGGCUAUAUCGACUCUGCAUACACUCAAUUGUACAUACAGACACUUAAGGAAGUCACUAUAAAAUAAUAAAGUAUGAAAGAAAGGGGGCACAGGGAGGAAUGCCACCCUAUGAGAAAAGAGUGAUGAGAAAUGCCUCCCUCCACCUUUGACCCCUCCACUUGUAAAACAUACAAGUAUUAAAGGGUAUUUACCACACCUCACUGCUUGGGGAAAACGCUAACUACAGCCCCAGCCACAUAACUGUUGGAGAAGUUGGCGUUGAAAUUUGGAGCUGGAAUUUGUGCGUGUGUUCGUGCGUGUGUCAGCCUGUGCGUGAGCAUAACUGUUGGACUACCUUGCAGUGAGUCUGGAGAAUGUGUGCUGUGUAUCCAGUAUAAAAGAGGGUGAAUAACCUACAUUGUCCACUGCCUUCCUGGAAACUAAGGAGACUAGGAGAUUCAUGCUAUGUCAUUUACAGUUGUCGGAUGCAAUGAAUACCUGCUCAGUGACCGGUGGCAUUGAUGUCUGUGGCUGGAACGACCUGGAACUGAAAGCCAGACAAAGUGCCUUUGUGGGUGCCAGCCUGUCUCCCUGGGCCUCCGGGGCUCUCAGGCUGCCGCUCUGAAAUGGAACUCUAGCGUCUAAGCUGGUUUUGGGCCAGACUCCAGCUCCGACUGGAGGUCUGGCUGGUGCCUGGGUGAUUCGGUUUCCUCCAGUCUCCAGAGGCAGAGGAGUCUCUCUACACAGUAUGCAGAGUACAGGAAGAGACUGUCACUGCAGUGAAAUACACAGCUGGAUUGUAUUCAAUAGGCACCAAACGGACUUAAACAGGAAAAGACUAACUGAACUGAUCCAAUAAGAAAUGUUCAUGUUUGUUUUCCACUGCAAAAUGUUGUCUGUUACCAGGAAUCCGACAGAAUACUGUCUCAUAAUACAAUUUCAUAAGCACUUUUUAAUGCCGCUGAUAGGGAACCUAAAGCUCAGUAUGAGAUCUGACUUAAGUGUCUUAUACAACUGGUUUAUCUGUCCACAAGUGAAGCUAUGCCUGCUAUGGGCAUAAUGGGCUCUCGUAGGACAGACAACGAUACAACCCUUUUAGAGAUGAGGAUCUGUAGCUUUUCAGCUGUGCAGGUAUUUCCACGCCUGUUUGCAUUCCUGGAGUUAGACAGGGGGUUAUUGAAGGUUUGUUUAGCUUUCUAUAGAUCGAGUCACUGUGCCAAUAAAUAUACAAGCAAAUAAGUGCAUGAUCACAUGAAUGUGCAUGGAUCCAGGGACGGACUGAAAGAUUAGGGCAAACCAUUGAGUGCAUGUUGCACUCUGUUGUACAAAUGUAAAAAACACAUCUGUUGCAUGUUGGAAACAUUUAUAUAUAACAUUUAUCACCCAGUGUUGUAAAAUUGCUGAGUAUCAGAUUCGAUGCAUUAUCUUUACAUACUGUACCAUACUUUCUCAUGUUCCACUACUCACUCUCUGUCUCUCUCUCUCUCAUGUAAAUGAUACUUGUUUGUUGUGAACAUCACUUCGAUUCUAUAAACUCUUAUCUGUGCCAGUGGAGCAACAAGGCAUGGGAUCUGGAGUAGCGGUGGCCCAGUCAGUACAGUGCACUCUACUGGGUUGGGCCAGUGCUCUGAGGUAGGAACCCUUUGAAUAAUUGAGUGAGCAAGAAAGGAAAUAUAACCCCCGGUUUCCUACUGAUGACUCCAAUAAAACCAACUGAGACAGAGGAAUGAGAGGUGUGCUGGAGCCCCCCAGGCCCUAUAUACGCUUCACUUUAAGUUUGACUGUGAGCUUGAAUAGGGCUGCGUCCCAAUACUCUAUCGUUUUCUUUAUGGGUACUAUCAGAUCAGUGGUUGUGAGGGAGAGGAAGCUAGGGAAGAAAGCUAUUUUACAUUAUUGGACUAAUGGAGUUUAUGGAGAGCUAUGUGAAGGCACUUGUUCUUCCAUGUCUUCGUAUCAUUGAGACAUAUAUACACCAAGCAAGCGGCACCAUGAAGACCAAGGAGCUCUCCAAACAGGUCAGGGACAAAGUUGUGGAGAAGUACAGA